GCGUGCAGUGGCCGGAGGGCUCCCAAGUUGACAAGCUGGUGAGUCUCCUGGUGUGUGCGGCUCUGGGUGAGGGGAGAGCAGGUCCCCGCCACCCCUGCCACCCAGCCUUCCUCGAGUGUCUGCGCGGGAUCUGGGGGUGAUACAAGAUGCCUUUGAAUGGUGAGAAGCAGUGUGUGAACGAGGACCAGCAGAGUGAUUCAGAGUCUUCCCGGUUCUCCCAAAGCAUGGCUUCGCCCAGUGACUAUGAGUGUUCCAGGCAGAGCUUCACCAGUGAUUUCUCCAGCAAAUCCAGCUCUCCUGCCUCAACAAGCCCUCCCAGGGAUGUAAUGUUUGAUGUGAUGGCUGCAGCCAAGAACUUAUCAGACAUGACACUUGCUCAUGAAAUAGCUGUAAAUGAGAACUUCCAGUUGAAGCAAACUGCCCUCCCAGAGAACAGCCUUGCUGGUCAAGUGAAGCGUGUUGUUCACCAGGCCUUCUGGGAUGUCUUGGAAGCAGAUCUCAGUGCUGAGCCUCCCCAGUAUGAAUAUGCCUUCAGACUCUUUGAAGAAAUCAGAGAGAUUCUCCUCUCUUUUCUCACUGGUGGGAACAGGCUUCACAACCAGAUCUGUGAGGUUUUGGACAUUGACCUCAUUAGACAGCAGGCUGAACACAGUGCUGUUGACAUUCAAGGUCUAGCCAACUAUGUCAUCAACAUCAUGGGGAAGAUGUGUGCUCCUGUGAGAGAUGAAGAUAUCAGAGAGUUGAAGGCUACUACCAACAUCGUGGAGAUGCUGAGACAGAUAUUCCGUGUCUUGGACCUCAUGAGAAUGGACAUGACAAAUUUUGUCAUUAGGAAUAUUAGACCUCACAUUCAACAUCAUUUGGUGGAAUAUGAGAGAAACAAAUUCCAGGAAAUUUUAGAAGAAACUCCAAAUGCCUUCAGUCAGACCACGGAAUGGCUGAAAGAGUCUAUAGAUGAAGAACUCCUUUCUGAGACUGCUGUAUCUCCUGGAACUGAACAGAGUCCCACACCAAGCCUAAGCCCUCUGUUGGUGCUAAAUAAUUGUUACUUGAAACUACUUCAGUGGGACUAUCAGACAAAGGUCUUACCAGAGACACUCUUGACAGAUGGAACACGGCUUCAAGAACUGACAGAAAAGCUGAAUCAAUUGAAAAUGAUUGCCUGCUUGUCCCUAAUUACCAACAACAUGGUGGGUGCUAUUACAGAAGGCCUGCCUGAGCUUGCAAACAGGUUAAAAAGGAUUUCAGCUGUUCUACUCGAAGGCAUGAAUAAAGA